AUGAGUUGUAGAAAGAUUUUAUGGCUGCUAAUUGUAGCCGGACUACAUUUACUUGUGGCUGGUGCACAUGGAUCGGGACCUGGUCCGGGUGGUAUCUUUCCCCGACGACGUUCAUCAAACGAUGGUGUAAUGCAAUCACGUGCUGUCGAUACGCGAGUUCAGUUUGAAGUGCUUGAAGGUGAACCACGUGGAACUAUCGUCGGUUAUAUUCCAACAAAGCCAGGAUUCACUUAUAGAUUUAAUGAACCACCAAGAGAAUUCUCUUUAGAUUCUGUAACUGGUGAAAUAAAAACGAAUGCAAUUUUAGAUCGUGAAGUGCUUACAAAUGAUCGCUAUGAUUUAGUGAUAUUAAGUAGUCAACCAACAUAUCCAAUCGAAGUGCGAAUCAAUGUCCAAGAUAUUAAUGAUAAUUCACCUGAAUUUCCUGAACCAAGCAUCGCUGUUUCAUUCUCAGAAAGUGCUGCACAAGGUACAAGAUUAUUACUUGAUGCAGCAACAGAUAAGGACAGUGGAAUAAAUAAAGUCACUGACGAUUAUCGUAUCGUUGAUGGCAAUCACGACGAUAAAUUUCGUUUAGCUGUCACAACUAAUCCUAGUGGUGAUGUUUCAUAUUUGCAUCUUGAAACAACUGGAAAGUUAGAUCGUGAAACUCGAGGUUUUUACAUUUUAAAUAUUUCUGCUCGUGAUGGUGGCAGCCCACCAAAGAAUGGUUAUUUGCAAGUCAAUGUAACAAUCCUUGAUGUUAAUGAUAAUCCACCAAUCUUUGAUCACAGUGAUUACAUCGUGUCAUUGAAUGAAAGUGUCUUGCCAGGAACUUCAGUUUUACGUGUCAUGGCAUCUGAUAAUGAUUUAGGUGAUAACAGUAAGAUUACUUAUUAUCUCGCUGAUACUGAAACACAAUUCACUGUCGACCCUGAAUCUGGUGUUAUCUUAACAACUGAACAACUUUCAUGUCCACAACAAAAUUGUCCGACAUUUUCAAAGCCAAGUGGCGGAUGUCCAAAGAGUUGUGUGUUUACAGUUUUUGCUAGAGAUCAUGGAUCACCACGUCAAGAUGGAAGAACAUAUGUGACAGUUAAUCUUGUUGAUACAAACGAUCAUGAUCCAAUAAUAAGAUUUCAAUAUUUUCCACCAACCGGAAGUUAUGCAACUGUUGAUGAAAAUGCUGUUAAUGGUUCAGUUGUUGCUGCUGUUUCAGUUGAAGAUAUGGAUGAAGGUCUUAAUGGUGACACAAGUUUAAAGAUUAUUUCUGGUAAUGAUCUUCAUCAUUUUCGACUUGAUAAGACUCCAAGCUUUGACAUUGUUCGUGUUAAUGGCGUGUUGGAUCGUGAAGAAAUAGGAAAAUAUAAUUUAACAGUUGUUGCAACUGACAAAGGGUCACCACCUCGAACAGCAACAGCACAUUUAAUUAUUCAUGUUAAUGAUGUUAAUGAUCAUGAACCUGUGUUUGAAAAGUCAGAAUAUUCAGCGAUUCUCAGUGAACUUGCACCGCCAGGGACUUAUGUUGCAAGCAUUAUAGCAACUGACGAAGAUACUGGUGUCAAUGCACAAAUUUAUUACGAUUUUGUAUCGGGAAAUAACAAACAAUGGUUUAUGAUUGAUUCAGUUUCUGGUUUGAUUACCACGAAGUCUGCAUUAGAUCGUGAAGUUCAAGGCAGCGUUGAGCUUAGCAUUUCGGCUCGUGAUGGCGGUCCCAAUCCAAAGUGGGCUUAUACACACCUUAAAGUUACAAUUCUCGAUGAGAACGACGAAAAACCUCAAUUUUCUCAACCACAUAUUAAUGUAAGUUUAAGUGAGAAUACUCAGCCACACACAUUAGUCGCAAUGUUGACCGCAGCUGAUCAUGAUCAAGGAACAAAUGGAAGUGUUUCAUAUAAACUUCAUUCAAGUGUUCAACAAAAUUAUCCAAAUAUGUUUGCAUUGGACUCAUUGACUGGGCAAUUAACGAUUAAAAGUAAACUUGAUCGUGAAAUGAUUUCUGAUUAUGAGAUUCAAGUGAUUGCAAAAGAUCAAGGAAUUCCACAACAAUCAUCGACAGCAACAGUUUUCCUUAAAGUCGAAGAUGUGAAUGACAACAACCCUGAAUUUUAUCCAAAAAGAUAUUUUGUUGCUUUAGCUGACGAUACUGCAAUUGGAACAUCAAUCUUGAAGGUUCAUGCGAAUGACCGUGACGAGGGUGAUAAUGCAAUCAUCACAUACAAAUUAGAAAGUGGUGGUGAGAGUCUCUUCGUAGUCGAUAAUUGGACUGGCGUUGUUAGUCUUCGGUCAAGUCUUCGAUCAUCACAAAAAUCUUUGUUUAAGUUGAAAAUAUCAGCAAAAGAUCGUGGCGAUCGUCGAACGGAGAAAGACGCAAUCGUUGAAAUAAUUCGAGAAGCUAAAUUGGAAGAGCUUGAAUUCGAUUCACCUGACAAUUACGAGUUUCAAAUCUAUGAAGAUUUCGGCAGCGACAAUCAAAAGAUUGGCCGUGAAGUUGGAAAACCGAAAAUCACAUCGUCAACAGCUUCGGUUGAAUACGCAAUUGUUUAUGGUGAUCCGAAUGGAAAUUUUAAAAUUGAUGAACGUUCUGGUGUCAUCACAACAGCAACAAAAAUUGAUCGAGAAGUUACAAUGACAUACACAUUAACAAUUGUAGCGAGAGCUGGUUUAGCUUAUGGCAAGACUUUAGUGAAUGUUUCAGUGUUGGAUUUGAAUGACAAUGCACCAAAUUUUGCGAGAGAUCAUGACGAUAUUCACAUUCCAGAAAAUGCAGCUGUUGGUCAAGAAAUUUAUCUCGCUCGUGCAAGAGAUAAAGAUGCUGGAAUUAAUUCAAGAGUCACUUACAGUUUGACUUUCAAUCCCGACGAACAAUUUAGAAUAUCAGAAGCAACUGGCGUUCUUUAUCUUAAUCGCCCAAUUCGUGUUGACCCUGGAACAGUCCUACAUAUUGAAAUUACAGCAACUGAUGGUGGUGAUCAACCACUGUCAUCAAAGAACAAUCUCAUCAUAACAAUAGAAGACGUGAACGAUCAUACGCCUGUCUUCGAUCACACAUCAUAUGAGACAUCACUUUUAGAGUCAACGCCAGUCAAUUCACGCUUUUUCGCACUCUCAGCUUCAGACGCUGACCUUGGUGCAAAUGGUCGCAUUUCAUACAAGAUAAUUGAAGGAAAUGUCGAGAACAAAUUUGGAAUCUUUCCUGACGGUUACUUGUUUGUUAAAAGUCAUUUAGAUCGUGAACAACGUGACUAUUACUCGUUGACUGUCAGUUGUAAUGACGGUGGCAAUCCAGCUCGAAGUACUGAAGUUCCCGUCAUUAUUCACGUUAUUGAUGAGAAUGACAAUAAUCCGCAAUUUACAAAUGCCACAUUUACCUUCACAAUUGCUGAGAAUGAACCCAUUGAUUCGUUUGUUGGAAAAUUGACAGCAACUGAUCGAGAUAUUGGAAGGAAUGCGGAGUUGAUUUUCAUGCUUUCGAAUGUUCAAAAUGACUUCACUGUUGAUCCACGAAAUGGUUUUAUAAAAACACUUCAUAUCUUUGAUCGCGAAUCUUUAGUCCAAUCAACGGGACAGAAUUUCAUUACACUUGAAGCAACGGUCACUGAUAAUGGAGUUGUGAGAUUGAAAGAUAAAGUUAAAGUAAAGAUUUUCAUCACUGAUGUUAACGAUCACGCACCACAAUUCUUACGAGCUCCUUAUAAAGUGCAAGUUUCAGAAGGUUCACAGAUUGGAUCACAACUUGUUCGAGUUUAUACAUUUGAUGCCGAUGAAGGUCUCAAUGGUGACGUCUUUUAUUUCAUCUCAGAUGGAAAUGACGGGGGAAAGUUUGCGAUUGACGAGGCCACAGGUCAACUGACACUUGUCAAAUCACUCGAUCGUGAAACACUUUCAUCAUAUAAGCUUACAAUUGUUGCACAUGAUGCAGCAAUGACCGAGCGAUUAAGUGCUACAACAACAAUUACAAUCGAUGUACUCGAUGAAAAUGACGACGCACCAGAGUUUGUUCAGACUGAUACAAAAAUAUCUGUCAUUGAAACAACUCCAAUUGGAACUGAAUUAAUUAAAUUCCGUGCAACUGAUUCGGAUUUAGGUGUUAACAGUCAAUUAACUUAUUCGAUUGCAGCUGGUAACCGUCGCGACACCUUUCAUAUUGAUCCCAUUACUGGUUCUUUAUAUUUGCAUAAAAUGUUGGAUUAUGAAGAUACGCAAUCAUAUGCUUUAAACAUCACAGCGUCAGAUGGUGGAAAUCCAAGAUUGUCAACGACAAUAAUGUUUGUUGUUAAUGUUCUCGACUCUAAUGAUAAUGCUCCAAGCUUUCCCAACACUGCAAUUGUGAGACAAAUCCGUGAAGGAAUUCCAAUAAACACACCAAUAGUGACGAUAACAGCCGAAGAUCCUGAUUCCGGUCUUAAUGGUAAAGUGACUUAUUCCAUUCAAAGUCAAGAUCCAACAUUCGGUCAACGACAUUUCGGCAUCAAUGAAUCGUCAGGCGUCAUCUUUACAAUGCGACAAAUUGAUCGUGAAUCAGUCGAUACAUUCCGACUCACAGUGGUGGCCACUGAUCAAGCAUCAGUUCCGUCACAACGGUUGUCAGCUGAGAAGUUAGUUACGGUAAUUGUCGAAGAUAUUAAUGACAAUGAACCAAUUUUCGUGUCGAUGAAUGCCGCUGUGCUUCCAUUGAAAGAUAUUCGUGUAGAAUCAGGUCGAGAUGGUCUGAUGAUUAUGAAUGUGUUCGCUCGCGAUGCCGAUUCAAGCUCAAAUGGACUCGUGACUUACGAGAUGGUAAGCGGAAAUAGUGAAUUAUUUAAAUUGCAUCGUAGUUCAGGUGUGAUCUAUUUAAAGAAGACAAUAAAUAAUCCCGAAGCUCGAUAUCAGUUGGCUGUGAAAGCAACUGAUGAAGCAGUACAAAAUGAACGAAAAUCUAGUGACGCGUAUAUAACAAUAAUCUCAAGUAGUUCGUCAAAAGACGGGCCAGUGUUUGAACAAAAAGAUUUAUCGGGAAGUGUUUUUGAGAAUGAACCCGCCGGGACAAGUAUUUUGACUGUGUCAGCGCGUAAUAAUGGUGCGGGACAAGAUAUCGAAUAUUAUGUGACGAAUGUCACAGGUGAUGGCAAACAAGUUGAUCGCUUGUUUGAUAUUGAUACCAAAUUAGGAAUAUUAUCGACAGCUAUUGAGUUGGAUCGUGAGAAUGGUAUCGAUACAUACGAGAUAGAAGUUUAUGCAAUUGUCAUUGGUGGACUGCCGAAAACUUCAAAUACAAAGGUAAGUGAACGAACAUCUGUUGAUAAUUUUUAA